AUUGGGCGGCGAAUUCAUUAGUAUCGCGAUCGAUCUUAGGAUCGCACAAAGAUCUCUUGACUAAUUAGAAAUCAGUGAAGUGUUUUAGUGUUAAAAUAUUUAGUGCAAAAUGAUCGGUUUAAUUGGAAUUGCCACCCUCAUCACGCUUCUCUACUACAUCUGGACACGAAGGGAUGUCUAUAGGUUAACAUGGAAACUUCCUGGACCAAUUCCAUUCCCAUUCAUUGGGGCUGGUUGGCUGGUCCUGGGCAAGAGUCACGAAGAGUACCUGCAAAUGGUGGAGAAAAUGUUCCAGAAAUACUCCUCCUUCCAUCACUUUUGGCUUGGACCUAGGCUGUACUUGCUCGUGAGCGAUCCCAAGCUCAUUCAAACCAUCCUGUUUUCCCAGGAAGCUCUAAAUCGGGAUGAUGUGUAUGAUUUUGUGAGCCUUCUGGGCGAUGGUGGAGGCCUUUUGACCCUUAAAGGUCAAGAAUGGAAGAAUCACAGGAAAAACCUCAAUCCCUGCUUCAGCCUGAAAAUUCUACAGAGCUACAUGCCCAUCUUCAAUGAACAAGCUGGGAUCAUGAUGAAAAACAUGAGUGCCAAACUGAAUAAGGGAUCAUUUAAUUUUUACGAAUUUAUGGAUGCUUGCACAUUGGAUAUGAUCUGCCAAACCACUCUUGGAACAGAGAUGAACAUCCAAAAAGGACAGAAUCAGGACUAUCUCUACGCCUGUAAUAAUUUGUUCGAACUGAUCACCAUCAGAAUCUUCAGGCCAUGGUUCCAUUCAGAUUUCCUGUACAAGUUCAGCCAUUUGCACAAGACGACAGAGAAACUACGCAAGAUCACUUCAGAAUUCGUGGAAAAAGUAAUCAAGAGCAAGACAAGUGCCACUGAAGAUGCAAAAGAGCGUGGUAUGAUGAAGGUGGAGCGUCAGGUGUCGGAAGAUGAGUUGACCUCGUACAAAAAGCCGCAGAUCUUCAUCGAUCAAAUAAUGGAUAUGUUCAAUGAGGGAAAACUCGUCACCCGGGAUGAUCUCAAAGCUCAUGUGGGUACAAAUAUUGCUACUGGAUUUGAGACUUCAGCCCUCAUCAGUAGCUACUGUGUCCUGAUGCUGGCCAUGCAUCCCAAUAUCCAGCAGAAAGUCUACGAGGAGAUUGAGAGUAUUUUCGGGAAGAAUUGUCGAGAACCUGUUGUUGAGUAUGAGCACUUCAAUCGCCUUGAAUAUCUUGACAGGGCCCUCAAAGAAACCCUAAGGCUCUUCCCAGUUGUCCCGUAUUUUGCUCGGAAAGUCAGCAAGGAUUUCCAUCUAGCUGGCCACAAAAUCCCAGUUGGUGUGAGAAUUAUGAUCAGCAUGAUCACAGUGCAUCACGAUAAAGAAAUCUGGGGUCCGGAUGCUGAGAAAUUCAAUCCUGAUAAUUUUCUUCCUGAGAAAAUUCAGACUCGGCAUCCAUACAGCUACUUCCCGUUCGGAGGUGGCAUUCGGAACUGCAUCGGGAUGAAGUACAGUCUGAUGUCCAUGAAGACUAUGAUCAUCCACUUACUGUGCAACUAUCGUCUGAACACAGAACUGAGAAUGGAAGAUCUACGCACGAAGAUCGACGUGACGUUGAAAUUGAUCAAUAAGCACAUGGUGUCCAUCGAGGUACGCUAGCCUAAGAACUCAUUAACUUAUUAGAUUUUGUAUUUCUAGAGUGUUAAGUAAAGAAAAGCUCAAGAUUGUUUUUCA